AGCCCGGGGCUGCCGGCGAGGAGGAGGCAGCGCUGGGCACCCCAGGUACGGCUCUGGGGGCUUUGACCCUCCCGGUGCUCGAGGGGCACUCCGGGCAUCACCCACCCCGGGCCGGGGGAUUUGGGACCCCCGGGGCCCGUCCCGGCGCUGCCGGAUGCCAACACUGGGGUGAGCAGCGACAGCGACAGGAGAGCAGGAGCCCAUGCUGCUGAGGGAACACGGCAGUGACGAGCCGGGUCGGUGCCACUCGGGGCUGGUGGCAGGAGCAGCUGAGCCCCGGGGACAAGGAGAGUGUGGGAACUCCGAGUGGACUAGAGGAGGGGAGUCCCCGGUUGGUGCGUGAGCGGGACCCGGAGCAGCCUGAGCCGAGCUGAGCCGAGCUGAGCCGAGCUGAGCUGAGCUGAGCUGAGCAUGCCAGAGCCGGCGCCGCUCGGAGGGGACAGGAAAGCAGCGGAGAGGAAGCGGGUGGAGAAGGUGGGAGCCAAGGCAGCACCUCCAGUGCCCAGGAGCCUCCCGGUGCAGAGCAAGGCAGAGCCCCCCAGCCUGGAGCCCUCGGAGGAGCCACUGCUCUGGGAAGGGCUCACCCUCAACAAGUGCAUCCUGGUGGCCUCCGUGGUGGCCCUGCUCAGUGUCACCUUCCAGGUGCUCCAAGCACCAUGUUCCAAGGAGGGGAUCACCCGAGGCCGGCAGGAGCCUCCACCACCACCUCCUCCCCUUCCCGAGGUGCUGAGCCCCAAGGAGGAGGUCCCAGAAGUGGGGACAGCCCGUCCUGUCCCACCGGAGAGCAGCGCGUUGGAGGGUGGAGAGGAGGAGGAGGAGGAGGAUGACGAUGACAGCGAAGCCGACAGCAACCUGGCAGAACCCUGGAUCUUCAAGAAGUGGUUUGGCCGCGCGACUCCAGAGGAUGAGGACAAGGAUGAAGUUGAGGAUAAGGAUGAGUAUGAAGACAAGGAUGAAGAACCCACAGAUGUCCCCGAGGUGCCACUGGCUGCAACAGAGGUGAAGAAGAGUCAGGAGAAGCAGGAGAAGCAGGUGGAGAAGGAGGUGGAGAAGGAGGAAGAGAAGGAAAAGCAGGAGGAGGAUGAGGAAGAAAAGGAGGAGAAAGAGGAGAAGCAGGAGGAGGAUGAGGAAGAAAAGGAGGAGAAAGAGGAGAAGGAGGAGGAGGAGGAGGAAGAAAAGGAGGAGGAGGAAGAAAAGGAGGAAGAGGAAGAAAGGGAGGAAGAGGAGGAGGAGGAGAAGAAGAAAAAGGAGAAGAAGGAGGAGAAGAAGGCCCGGGAAGGCCGUGCUGUCCAUGCAGAGCGCAGCAGCCGGAGAGAGGCACAAGCCAAGGACAGGACACCAGGGAACAAACCUGGCAGAGCCCCCAGGACCCCCAGGGACCCUGAGCAGCAGCCUCAGAAGAAACGGGACCGGGAGAGGAAGGAGAGGAGGGAGAGGAAGGAGAGGAAGGAGAGCCGGCGGGAGCGGGAGGAGCCCAGGAGGGAGGGGGGGAAGGGCCGUCCUGGCAGGGCCAACGGCAGCCGGGAGAGCCCCAAGAGGGACUGGAAGCAGCAGAAGGGCAGGAAACCCUGGGAAUCAGCUCUGGGCAAGGACGGCAGGGCCAGGGAGGGCAAGAGGCGCGACUGAGGCCAGGGCGGCCGAGGGGCUCCGUGACACCGGAUCCAGGGACACCCAGGGGGAUCCAACCCACCACUGCCCCCAGCUCCUGCCUGUUCUCCAGGGACACCCCUGGGCCAUGGGCAGCACCCCAGGAUCCCUGAGCAGCAGCAGAGCAGCCCAGGAGCCUGGCACGAGCCUCCCCGGGGACUUUGGGCCCCCCUGGAUCAAAUGGCCAAAGGUGACCUGAAAGGACCCGGGGAAGGAGCUUCUCUUCAGGCUUCGUGUCCCUGCCCCGUCCCCACCCAAACCCCCUGCAGGUCCUUCCCACCCACGGGGUCAUUUCCACCCAGGGCAGCACAGUGGGGUCCCACUGACCCCAGGGAACAGAGUUGGUCUCCAGACUGUGCAGCUCUUCAGUUACUGGUUUUAUUUAAAGCAAAUCAAGAGAGAAGAAUAUCCUGGGUUACAGAACCAGAGGGACAUCGGGGACAGACCCCCCCGACCUCACUCGGUGCCGUCGCUGAGGGUGGCACAGAACUUGCAGGAAACAGAACCAGGUUGGAGCCCCUCACUGGGGAUCCCUUCAGGCUUUGCCUUCACCUUUCAGGAAGGAAACACAAGUGCAAACCUCACACAGCACUGGAGCCACUGCAGGAGACGGUCACAGCCCCAACCCAUGGCAGGUUUCGGUAUUUGCUGAAUCAAUAGAGGUUAAAAUAAACUAUUUUCAUUUUUAAUAA